GAUUAAAUGGAAGCACAUGAUGAUUCAGCCCCGUGAUUUCUCACGGAGUUGGGUCCAAUCAUUUCCUCUCUUUUCAACUUGUCUGUUUCUUUUUUUUCUUCUUCUCCCUGACACCGUAGCCCACUUCUUUCUUCCCCUUCCUUUUCCUUUCUCCUUUUCUUUUCCUUCUCUCUGUCUCCAGUCUGUCAUGGCAUCCCCGCGGCUGGAGACUUUCUGCUGCCCGAACAGAGACGCAGCGUCCGAGUUUGUGGUCACUUUUCAGCCCACCUUGUUCGGAGCUUUGAGUCUGGGUAGCGCGAGCCUCAGCUUUAUUUUCGCUAUUUUACAAAUUCUACCAAAACGUAAAGGAUACAGAAGACUUGGACAGUAUCCUCUACCCAGGCCCGCCUCGUCCUCCCGGAUCCUCCUCAUCGUCAGUAUAUGUGACAUACUGGGAUGUGCAGGCAUCAUUGUGAGGUCGUCUGUCUGGCUGGGCCUUCCAAACAUCAUUAAAGAAAUCUCCAUCACAAACAACACUGAUGUCUGGCCAGAGGUCUUCUGUGUGGGCAGUGCGCUGUGGAUCCAGUUAUUUUUCAGUGCUUCUUUUUGGUGGACCUUUUGCUAUGCUGUCGACGUCUUCCUGGUGGUUAAAACAUCUGCAGGAAUCAGCACCAUUAUCCUCUACCACAUGAUUACGUGGGGUCUGGCUGUGCUGCUGUGUGUCGAAGGAGUGGCCAUGCUCUACUACCCAUCCAUCUCAGAUUGUGAACAAGGUCUCGAGCACGCCAUCCCUCACUAUGUCACCACAUACGCCCCCAUGGUGCUGGUCCUCGUAGCCAACCCUAUCUUCUUUAACCGCACCAUAUCUGCAGUGACAUCUUUACUAAAAGGACGACAAGGAAUCUACACAGAGAACGAGAGACGGCUGGCCAAUGAGAUCACGAUACGCUUCUUUAAGAUAAUGCUGGUGUUCUUUAUUUGCUGGAUUCCAAACAUCAUCAAUGAGUGCCUCCUCUUCUAUCUGGAGGUGCAAGCAGACAUCAAUGACAACGGUUUCAGGAAUAUCAGAAAUGCAGCCCUCAUCACAUGGUUCAUCAUGGGCAUCUUGAAUCCCAUGCAAGCUUUCCUCAACACCCUGGCCUUCCACGGCUGGACAGGCUUUGACGUGGACCUCAGCCUGCAGAGGAGGAGGGAGCUCGCCUGGGACUCGGUUUCUACUUCAGCUCCCAACGCGGCCGGCCACAACCCCAUGGUGGGGACCACUCUGCUCUACCAGAGUCACAUCCAGGAAGCCAAGAAAAGCCUCAUGGGUAACGGACAGCACAACUCAGACGCCAUCAGUGUCCUCUCAGAAGGUUCAGAGUCUAGUACAGUUGAAAUCCACAUUUCCGGCGAGCUGCGAGACUAUGAGGAUGUAGACGCAGACGGGGAAUCCUUGGAGAACUCUGUGAAGCACUAGCUGAGGGGGAUCAACAGCCCGCCUCCCUCUGCUUUUUCCUGUGUGACAUUGUUCUUACAAUAACUUGUUUUUAGAUUGUGUCCUCUUAGCCUCUGUUGUAUGGGGGGAGAUUUCCCUGGAUUUUUUUAAUUGGUCAUGAGAUUUCACUAGCUGCUAAGACAGAAUCUGUGUAAUUCUUGAUUCAAAGUCUUAAUUUUCUUUUUAAGCUUUUUAAAUCUGUCUGCACUGUGGUACAGUGUCGUGCUAAAUUACACAUCCAUUGACUGUGCGGCAGCUUAUUGCGAUCAGUCAACAGAACAAAUGUGACAUUUUCUUAAGAAUAACUCACAGGCUGACCUUUAAAAGUGCCUCAGAUGUUUGAGGGUGAAAGUUCCUACUGGCUGAUUCACUGGAUUAGAUAUGCACUAGUGUUGUGUUAUGCACAUUAAGCUCCCAAUGCACAGCAAUAAGCUCAUUAGUGUGUGUUUUUGUAAGUUGCUGUAACUCCAACUGUCCAUCUUGUAUUUUGCACAUUUAUUUUAUACUAUAUUAAAUAUCAAAAAUAUUUCUUAA